AUGAAGUCUGCCGUGCCUCGAGCCCUUCGCAACGCUCGCCGUAUCUUCCCAAGAGCUUCCUCCACCAGGAGUUCGAGCUCAAGCUCAUUACCAAGACUUGGAAACAACCGUUUGAAUGGCACCACCACUUUGACAUCACAACACCGUAACUUUUCUGCUACAACGGGGUUACGAGAUAUUGAUGAGGACAAAGAUCGAAAAUGGUCAACUCCUCUUGCCAAGCAGCUGGCAGCUGCCAUUGAGUUGACUGGACCAAUUCCCCUCGCCAGUUUUAUGCGCAUGUGUUUGACUUCUGAUAUCGGAGGUUAUUACACUGGAGCCAUUGAGAAAGACCGGGAUCAGUUUGGCUUAAAGGGUGACUUUGUCACAUCACCAGAAAUCUCACAAGUAUUUGGCGAGCUCAUUGGUGUAUGGUUCCUGACGGAAUGGCUAGCUCAGGGACGCCAGAGUCGGGGCGUCGAGUUAAUUGAAGUUGGGCCAGGACGUGGCACUCUCAUGGAUGAUGUUCUUAGGACAAUACAAAGCUUCCCAGCCAUGGCCAAUAGCAUAGACGCCAUCUACAUGGUUGAGGCCAGUCCCGAGCUCAGAAUGGCUCAAAAGAACCUUCUCUGCGGCGAAGAUGCUCCCAUGACCGAGUCCAAGGUUGGCUAUCACAGCGUAUGCAAAUACAACGCCCUGCCCAUCGUGUGGACCGAGACCAUCAAGUCAAUUCCUAUUGCCCCCCAAAAAAUGCCCUUCAUCGUCGCCCACGAAUUCUUCGACGCCCUUCCCAUCCACGCUUUCGAACUCGUCUCCGUCCCCGCCUCCAAAUCAGAAGCUCCCUCCUCAACAGACAACUCCUCCCCCUCCAGCAAGACCACCACCCCAACCCUCCAAUGGCGCGAAAUGCUCGUCUCCCCCACACCCCCCGGCUCAACCCACGAAUCCCUCAAGACACCAGCCACCCAAUCCAGGGAGACCCCACCCCCCGACUUCCAACUCACCCGUGCGACCUCCUCCACCCGUCACUCCCUCUACCUCCCCGAAUCCUCCCCCCGCUUCCGCGCUCUCAAAUCCAGCGUCGGCCCCGGCGCCCUCCUAGAAGUCUGCCCCGACGCCUCCCUCUACGCAAGCGACUUUGCAGCCCGGAUAGGCGGCUCCCCCCAGCACCCAAAACCCAAACCCUCCGGCGCAGCUCUUAUUCUUGAUUACGGGCCCGGAGAUGGAACCAUCCCCACCAACUCCCUCCGUGGCAUCCGCAAACAUAGGCGUGUCUCCCCUUUUGCCGAGCCCGGACUUACUGAUUUGUCAGUUGAUGUCGAUUUUGCGGGCAUUGCGGAGUCGGCUACGAGAGCGAGUGAAGGGGUGGAGGUUCAUGGGCCUGUUGCUCAGGGGGAUUUCUUGGAGUUGAUGGGGAUUAGGGAACGGGCUGAGGUGCUGGCUAAGAGGGCGGGGGAGGAGGAGAAGGGGAGGGCGGUGGAGAAGGCUUGGAGGAGGUUGGUUGAUAGGGGGCCCGGGGGGAUGGGGAAGGUUUAUCAGGCUUUGGCGAUUGUGCCAGAGAAUGGGGGGAGGAGGAGGCCGGUUGGGUUUGGGGGAGAUGUGGUGCAGUGA